UAAAAGCGAGUUAUUCGCUUUUAGUAAAUUUGAAUUAUAGGAAUACUUUACGUAGUAGCACUGCCCUUCAUCCUUCACGUGCACUAAAUACGGGGUAAGUGAAAAAAUUGUACAUCCUGGAUGUGAUAGUUAGAACUUGAUUAGCUCUAAUGAAAACAAAGCUGGCGUUCGUCCAUGAGAAACAUAAUAAGGCAUGAUAUCAUUGCAACAAACCCAUGCUUCAGUUCAGUGAAGUUCAAACUGUUGCAGUUAAUAUUUUCAUGUGAAUUUUACCCUGAGUCUAUUAUAUAUAACAUAAGUUGCUUGGAAAUCUCUUCAUCUCAAUCUCUAUUUGCUACGAAAUGUUUCUACCCUGAGCCUUGUAAAAUUCCUUUGAACCUUGACAUUAAACUCAUUAUUUGCUUCAUUGAAACGCAUAUUUCUUUGCCACUAGUUUAACUUGCUCGGGCUUUGAUUUCAGUUGAAUGAUUGAACUGAAGUUGUGAUUUGAUGCUUUUGCUGCUCCUUUGAAGCUAGUAUUAUGCCUAAGCCACCAGCACCGAAAAAAUCUCACUAUAAAAUCAACCUUCUCUUCUUUGCGAGAUUCUUCGAAAUUCUGAGACUUUCAAAUGGAUACUUGUCGUUUAUUCUUUCCUCGUUUAUUCUUCUCAUUUCUAUUUUACAGCAGAUUUUAGUCUACUAUGUCGGUUUACUGGCUUCGAAGUUCACAAAAACUCUUGUGGAUCAGGAUUUUCCAGCAUUCAAGCAGGUUUUAUGUCAGGCCUUGGCUCUAAUGAGUGCGAUAUCAGUGGUCAACGCCGUAGUUCAGUAUGCUUCUUCGAUGCUUUACGUUCACUGGAGACAAAAUAUGUGCAAACAUUUGCAUAAAUUAUACUUCUCGGGGUUUAAUUAUUUCCAUAUCAAUUCGACCCUGAGCUCGGAAAAGUUCAUUGACAACGUGGACCAAAGACUCGCAGCAGAUCUGGAUAAGAUGUUGUUGACCUUUGCAAAUAUGUUUCCACUUCUACUUCUGUCCCCAUUCACUAUAGCUUACUAUGCCUGUAAAUGCUAUUUGACAACUGGAGUUUUCGGACCCUUGGUGAUUUUUGGCGUGUUUUGCGUCGGAACUGUCGUGAACAAAUUCCUUAUGGGUCCCGUCGUGACUCGAACCGUCGCGCAAGAGCUAGCGGAAGGGAAUUUCCGGUUUCUUCAUAUGCGUGUGCGAUCAAGUUGUCAAAGCAUAGCGUUUUACAGAGGGGAAAAGUACGAAUCUAUAAAUGCCGAUGAGCGGCUGGAUAAAUUAAUCUCAGUUCAAACGAGACUCUUUUUCUCACAGUUUGUGGUGAAGACUUUCACUUCGUUUUACGACUACAUGGGUGCUAUUCAAAGCUAUCUAGUUAUUGCCAUUCCAAUUUUCGGAGGUCAGUUUGACCAUAAAUCGCCAGGCGAAAGGUCAGAGUUGGUGUCUGCCUACGCGUUUCAGUCUCUCUAUCUCAUAUACUGUUUCAGCCAACUGAUUGACCUGUCGAACAAAGUGUCAGAGCUAGCGGGAGUCACUCACAGGGUCGGAGAGUUGUUAGAAACCCUGCAAAUUAUGCAAGGCAGUGUUGAAAUGAUUGCCGAAAAUAGAAUGAAACGUGAAUCGCAAAAUUCAGAUCAAGGUUCUCAGACAUUAGAAGCUCUUCAAUGUAGUUCAAGUGAUAGUGGUUUACAUGAUGAUAAUUCAAAAUCUGAUAACUCCGGACAUGGUGAAUAUCUUUUGAAAGUGGAAAGUGUCUCUUUUGGUUUGCCAGGGGGAGAAAAGUUUUCAUCGAUGGUCGAAAACGCUGAAUCUACAGAUGAUGACGUACUGAUUAAAUUUCUAGAUUUCAAUCUUUCAUCUGGCGACAAGUUGCUCAUUUCAGGACCUAACGGGGUCGGAAAAUCCUCGCUUUUUCGUAUUCUUAACUCAAUGUGGGAGGUUCAAAGUGGCAAUGUAUCAUUUCAAUUGAACAAAACUAAAAUGUUCUUGCCUCAAACGCCAUAUUUUUGCCAAGGUUCUCUAAUUCGACAGCUGUUCUACCCGAAAAUAGUUGAGAUUAACGACUCAACUAUCGACAGAGUAGUAGAAGUAUUGAAAACUCUGAACUUAGAGUAUAUUAUUGAGAGAUGCGGGUCUAUAACGGAAGAUCAUGACUGGGACUGGUCCAGUGUGUUUUCCCAGGGCGAAGCGCAGAGACUUUCAUUUGGCCGGGUGAUGCUAAGCCGACCUAAUAUUCUCUUCAUGGACGAGUCAACUAGUGCUGUGAGCAACGAUGAGCAAGCGAGGAUCUACAAAAUAUUGUCUUGCCAGAGUGAGAUUGAGUGUUUUGUGACUAUUGCUCACUCUCCCUCUCUUACUCAAUAUCACAACUGUGUUUUAACUAUUUCUCCGGAUAAAACGUGGAAGUUUGAACAGCUUAGGAAGUAGCUCUUCAAUAUAUGCCAAAUAUCAAACUUAAAUGAUGUAGCCCGUUUCUUUGAUAAUCAGUAUAAAUGAAUUCGGAAAAAUAGUUUGUUUUUAUUGUAUUAGAAAUUAAAUUUAUAG